AUGUACAGCUGUGCCAACUCGUCCCGGGUGAGCGUUGGGCAGUCGUCGGCCCCCAGCUGGGCCCUCUUCGGGGCCGGCCUGGUGGGCAACGGCCUGGCACUGGGCCUCCUGGGCCUCCACGGGCACCGAGGCCGGUUGGAGCCGUCGCCCCCCUCGGCCUUCGCCGUGCUGGUGGGCGGCCUGGCCGUCACCGACCUGCUGGGCAAGACGGUGGUGAGCCCCAUGGUGCUGGCCACCUACGCGCAGAACCGGUCCCUGCGGGCGCUGGCCCCGGGCCCGGGCCUGCUGUGCCCGCUCUUCGCCUUCUCCAUGGCCUUCUUCGGGCUGGCCUCCAUGCUGCAGCUGCUGGCCAUGGCCCUGGACUGCUGGCUGGCCCUGGGCCACCCCUUCUUCUACCGGCGGCACGUCACCCCGGGCCGGGGGGCCCUGGUGGCCCCGGCGGUGGGCACCUUCUGCGGGGCCUUCUGCGCCCUGCCCCUGGCAGGCGUCGGCCGCUUCGUGCAGUACUGCCCGGGCACCUGGUGCUUCAUCCAGAUGGCCGCCGGGGAGGCGGACCCCGGGGCCGGCUCGACCGUCGCUUUCUCCGCCCUCUAUGCCAGCCUCAUGGGCCUGCCCCUGCUAGCCACCGUGGCCUGCAACGUGGGCUCCAUGCGGGCCCUGUACGGCCUGCACCAGAGGGCCAAGGGGGCACGGGGGGCACGGGGGGCACGGGGGGCCCAGGCCUCGGCCCCCCUGGACCAGCUGUUGCUCCUCGCCCUCAUGACGGUCCUCUUCACCAUCUGCUCCGUGCCCUUCAUCGCCCGGGCUUACGUCAGAGCGUUUGUGCCUUCCAGUAAGAUGAUGGAUACAACUCUGGAAGAGUCAAUGGAUCUCACUGCCUUAAGGUUUCUUUCUGUGAACUCAAUCAUCGACCCGUGGGUUUUCAUCAUUUUCAGGACAUCGGUAUUUCGCAAGUUUUUUCACAAGUUAUUCCGAAGGCUUCUUGCUAAGAGGAAUUGGUGGUGCUGCAGAACAGCCGCUCCUCAGCCUGCCCUCAGAUGAGGUUGUGCUCUCUUAGUUCACCUGGUUAAACCGAUGCAAGAUCAUCAACGUAACCACAUUGCUACCGUGGGCUAGUAUGAGCGUGGCCAUGACUAACGAUUCGUCCUUAAGGCAUUCGUGAGGAUGUGACCUCGGGAAGACGUAGCGGUCCCGGAUCCUUCAUCCUGUGCCGCUCCGUAACCGACCACGCAGCUUGGUUAUUGCUUUUGACUUUUCCCGUUGUCGUCUCGGACUUGUUUUGCGAUAGAAUUACGUCCUUUGUUUCGGAAUGAUGGGAUUCGGUGUUUUACUUUUGCACUUUAAUUGCCAUUGAUUUUUGAAAAGGCAUUUAGAAAUGGAUGAGGAAAUGGCUUUGUACCGUAGUUGGCCUAGCAUAUCACCUCACCGUAUGAUUGUUUACAGGGCGGAUAGCCUUCAGACAAGGCUGGACUAUUACUUGUCGUAAUGACUGCUAACUCAAAAAUCCAGUGAUGCCUCAUUAGCUCAUCCCCACUAUGUGGCUAGGGCAUUGAGUAGCAUCGUUGAGUUUCUUCAACUCACAUAAUGCUCUGCUUAGAGGACUAAAUGAUAUAGGUUCGGGGAGGGGAGAUGGAGUCUCGGACACCCCAUAUUCUCAGUUUGC